UCGUCCUAUGCCAGUUACAAUAGCGGCACCACAAACUUUCCCAACGUGGCUCAAAAUAUAUCGUCAUCCUCUCAGAAGCUAGACUACGGCGCCUACAGUAGCAGUUUAUACGGAAAUAACAGGGUACCAUUACAGUAUUCCGGAUAUUACCCCAUGCACGGCUACCACGCAACACCCGCCUCGUUUAAUAUUGGAAACUUGAAUUUUGCUGAUUCGACAAAGUCUGCACUCACGUUGGACGCAACAACCCACGAUGCCAGCGAUCUUACCGCACGAGAAACCGCAAACAUCGAAGGUAACACGAUUCGUGCGACGGCGAAACCUUGCAGACGCGGAAGGCGCCAAAGCGGAAGUGGAAACAGUAUAGGUUCUGCGGACACGACAGAAGCCGGUCCUGACCGGAUAUUCAUCUGGGACCUGGACGAAACCAUAGUUGUGUUUCACUCGUUGCUCAAUGGACUAUUUGCAACGAAGCACCGUAAGGAUCCCACCCUUCUGGCCCAAGUGGCCUACAGAAUGGAGGAGAUGAUAUUUAAUUUGGCCGAUACUCACUUCUUUUUCAACGAUGUCGAGGAUUGUGACCAAGUGCACAUUGACGAUGUAUCAUCAGACGAUAACGGGCAGGACCUGUCUUCUUACAACUUUGCUAACGAUGGCUUCCAAUGCGCGUCUGCUAACAACGGUAUAUGCUUAGCUUCCGGUGUCAGAGGCGGUGUCGAUUGGAUGCGAAAAUUGGCCUUUCGCUAUCGAAAAAUCAAAGAGAUCUACAAUAAUUACCGAAACAACGUUGGUGGCUUAUUAGGCGCGGCGAAGCAAGAACAAUGGUUACAAUUGCGUUCGGAGAUCGAAGUAUUGACCGAUAACUGGUUAACAUCCGCUGUAAAAUGUUUGAGUCUCAUAAAUAAAAGAAGUCACUGUAUUAACAUUCUCGUCACUACUACACAGUUAGUACCGGCUUUGUCGAAAGUACUGCUUUUCGGAAUUGGUGGAAUAUUUCCAAUCGAGAAUAUUUAUUCUGCUUCGAAAAUUGGAAAAGAAAGCUGCUUCGGAAGGGUGAUCGCACGGUUUGGUCGGAGAUGUACGUAUGUAGUGAUAGGCGACGAUUCCGAUGAAGAAACAGCAGCACGUGCCCAUAAUUUUCCAUUCUGGAGAAUAAACAGUCACUCGGACACGCAGUCGUUGUAUAACGCCUUAGAGAUGGGUUUUCUUUGAACAAGAUACAUUUACAAAGGGGUUAGGAUUAG